AUGGCCGCCGCGACCAUUACAAACCGGACCACAAGCUCCCAUCUACAGCAUUGGAGACAACACCUCUCACUGCUACCGGCGGUCCCGAGGGCACCCAAUUUGGACUCUCACUCCACCCACACAAAGAGGAACAACGGACACAGCAGGCUCCAUCUUACAUGCCAGUCUGAUACCAGCGGAAUCACAAGCACGCCCCUGACCACCAAGUACCUAAGCCCUCGAGCAAAUGGCGGGAACCACAGGGGACUUGAUCAUGGCCAGGACGCCAGCCGACUCAGCACUGCUGCAAGAGUAACAAAGCGACUGCUAACAAUCUAUACUCAAUUAUAG